GUUGACUUUUGAGUUAAACCAUAAACCCCUUCCUCCUUCAGUCUCAGUCAGUCUUCACCGCCUAAACCCAACUUCCCCCAAAUUUCAGCCUCCAUGAAAAUAACUGAAAACACAAAAAUGAAGAUUACCCAGAAAAAUUCAAACCAAAAGCAGCAAAAUUCCGACGACGAAAUCUUCGCUUCAUGCUCAUUCUCCAGCCUCGGCCUCGAUUCUUCCUUGUGCGACCAACUCAAAGAGAGGUUGGGUUUCGAAACUCCGACUCAAGUGCAAGCUAAAGCAAUUCCUGUUAUACUCUCUGGCAGCCAUGUACUUGUUAAUGCGGCAACUGGAACUGGCAAAACUAUUGCUUAUUUGGCACCGAUUAUUCAUCACUUGCAGAAGUACGAACCUCGAAUUCAGAGGGUUGAUGGUACUUUUGCCUUGGUACUUGUACCAACGCAUGAGUUAUGCAUGCAGGUGUAUGAAACUCUGCAAAAGCUACUGCACCGAUUUCAUUGGAUUGUCCCAGGAUACAUAAUGGGAGGUGAAAGUAGGUCAAAAGAAAAGGCGAGGUUGCGAAAAGGUAUAUCUAUACUUGUUGCAACUCCUGGCCGUCUUUUGGAUCACUUAAAGAAUACAUCAUCAUUCUUGUAUACUAAUUUGCGCUGGUUAAUUUUUGAUGAAGCAGAUAGGACACUAGAAUUAGGGUUUGGUAAAGAAGUUGAAGAAAUUCUUAGUAUUUUUAGCUCAAGGCAAAGCAGAACUAAUGAUAAAGAAAGUGGGAACUUUAGAAUUUUUGAGUUUGAAAGGCAGAAUCUGCUCUUAUCUGCUACCUUAAAUGACAAGGUCAAUCAUCUUGCUCAAAUUAGUCUAGAAAAUCCCAUUAUGAUCGGUCUUGGUGAAAGGGAGCCCCAUCAAAAUCCAUCUUCCAAGCAUUCUGGGUCUGUAGGAUCUGAGGAGGAAGAAUUAGAACAAAGUGGGACAGUUAAAGACUCCUCAACUGGAGAUUACAACCUCCCCUCUCAACUUACUCAGAGAUAUGUGAAAGUGCCUUGUGGUUCACGGCUGGCAGUUCUUCUUUCUAUUCUCAAGAAUCUUUUUGAACGAGAAGCUACCCAAAAGGUUGUAGUCUUCUUCUCGACUCGUGAUGCUGUGGACUUCCACUACAAACUUCUAAAGGAGUUCCAGUGGCCGCCAAAUGUUGCAAAAGAAACUAAGGGGAGGCGUCUUUUUAUGAACUGCAAAACCUUCCCCUUACAUGGGAGCAUGGAGAACAAAGAGCGAACAAGUUCAAUUUCUUCCUUCAAAGCAGAAAAAUCUGCUCUACUCCUAUCUACUGAUGUUUUGGCGAGAGGCGUGGACAUCCCUAAAGUUAGCUAUAUUAUACAAUAUGAUCCUCCUGGAGAGGCCACUGAAUAUGUUCAUAGGGUUGGAAGAACAGCUCGCUUGGGCCGGAAGGGAGAUGCAUUAUUGUUUCUACAGCCCGUUGAAAAGGGCUAUUUGGAUGAGUUGGAAAAACAUGGUGUAUCAUUAACAGAGUAUCCACUUCAAAAGGUGUUGGAUAGCUUACCAUUGUAUGGUCAAAAGCACCUUGCGAGGAAGUUUGUUGCAAUUGAGAUGCAUCCCUGGUUAUUAGAUCUACAGAUGGCUCUCGAGGACUUUAUUUAUGCUGAGUCAAAGUUGAAGACGAUGGCAAAGGAUGCAUUUGUUUCUUGGGUGCGAGGAUACACAACCCAUAAACUAGAACUAAAAACCAUAUUCAUGAAGAAGAACCUCCAUUUGGGUCAUGUUGCUAAAAGUUUUGCUCUUAGAGACCAGCCCUCUUUGGUAGGGAAAUCGGUACACCAGCAGAUAAAAAAGAGGAUGAAAAGCGAGCAGAUAAAUAAAAAGAGGAAGAAGAGUGAGCAACAGAAGCAGAAGCAGAAACAGACAGGACAGCGGAAGAAGAGAAAGGUCGCUGUUACAACAUAAAUGCAAAUCUUCUUCAUCUUUUGGUUGACAACUCUGCAUAUAAUGCAGAUACAUACAUGCAUACAUGAAGACAAUUAUGGGGCAUGUGAUAUGUUUUUUGGUGAUUUGGUCAAGAACCCACCCCAAGUUGUGAGAGGUCCGUUUUCUUUUAACUUAUCUUUCCCAAAUUAAAGCUUCCUGGUUGUCCUUGAAAAUGAUUGACUCAAGUUCUUAACAUACUUUCAAGUUCCAAUCCAUCUAAUCCUUUGGAUGGAUUUAUCUGGUAAUUCACCUGUCAUUCAACCAACAAAAGCCACGUACGGCAUUUUCUGGUAACCCUUGUUCAUCCACGCGACAUUGAUAGUAAUAUUAUUUCGAGUUAAUCUAGAAAAUUUAUAGAACUAGUCAUGUGAUUGUAAUCUGUCUAAUUUUGUUUUGAAAAGGCGAAAUGGACUACACAUACAUAUUCAAGGAAAGUCUUUAAACAUCGAUUUAAGCUUUGUAUUAUCUUCCUAAUGAUGUGUUUAAAAUUUUGUUGAACCCUACUGUACAUUAUUAUGGAACACUCGUUGUCUGUAAUUAUUGGUAACAAAAUCAGAGAGAUUGGAGUCCCACCUCCCAGGAUUUUGGUCCACAUUAUACAGGAAAUGUGGUCACAAAAGCAUCUUAUUUCAUUUUCUAAAUUAUAGUA